AUGGCUAAGGAUAAAGCGCCAGACCCAGAUAGUUUUUCAAUGGGUUUCUUUCAAACUUGUUUGGACAUAGUGAAAUGUGAUGUUUUGCAAGUUUUUAAUGAAUUUCACUAUUUCCAAAAGUUUGAAAACUCCCUUAAUGCGAUGUUCAUUGAGCUCAUCCCCGAGAAGCAUGGGACUUCGAUUAUUGAGGAUUUUCACCUUAUAAGCCUGGUUAGUAGUGUGUAUAAGAUUAUUUCAAAGGUUCUUGCUAAUUGGUUAAGUCCUGUGUUGGAUCAGAUCAUUUCCAAGCCCCAGAAUGCCUUUAUUCAUGGGAGACAAAUUCUUGACUCAGUACUUAUGACAAAUGAGUGCUUGGACCAUAGAUUGAGGGAGGGAGGUUCAGGUAUCCUGUGCAAGCUUGACAUGGAGAAGGCCUAUGACCAUGUGAACUGA